GGGCUCUUUGCUCCUUUGCCUGCCGUCGCCCUAUCGCCCAGGGCACGCCGGUGGAAUAGAGGGAACAGGAGGGAACAGGUGGAUAGUUGUACGAUCUAUAUAAAUAUACGCACAUCCCCUGCCAGAUGAUCUGUUUUUGGGGGGGUGUUGCGUGCUCGUCGCCACACCACAUCACAUCUCGCAGCCCCUGAAGUAGCUUAACUUGACGACGAGAGAACACGGUAGGAGAAAAAGCAUCACUAUGACCUCUAUCAAGCUCGCCCUCGGCCUUGCCGCGCUGGGCUUUGCCGCUGCGCAGAAGCCCGGGGACACGCCCGAUGUCCACCCGCAGUUGACAACCUACCGCUGCACCGUCGCCGACGGUUGCAAGGAGGCCACUAACUACCUCGUCCUCGACUCCUCCGCGCACUGGGUCCACCAGGUCGGCUCAAACGAGGGCUGCGGCAACUGGGGCAGCAAGCCGAACGAGACGGCGUGCCCGACUAAGGAGGCCUGCGCCGAGAACUGCAUAAUGGAGGGCCAGACGGACUACGGCUCCGUGGGCGUGAAGACGGACGGCGCGACGCUCGACAUGCAGCUGAUCGUGGGCGACAACGUGGUGUCGCCGCGCAUCUACCUGCUUGAUGAGACGCGCGAGCAAUAUGAGAUGUUCAAGCUCACGGGUGCCGAGAUCGCCUUCGACGUCGACGUGAGCCGCCUGCCCUGCGGCAUGAAUAGCGCCCUCUACCUCUCCGAGAUGCUCGCCGACGGUGGGAAGAGCGCGCUCAACCCCGGCGGCGCCGCCUGGGGCACCGGCUACUGCGACGCCCAGUGCUAUGUCACUCCCUUUAUUAACGGCGAGGGCAACGUCGAUGGUAAAGGCGCAUGCUGCAACGAGAUGGACAUUUGGGAGGCGAACUCGCGCGCAAACCAGAUCGCGCCCCACCCGUGCAACCAGACGGCGCUGUACCAGUGCACGGGAGCCGAGUGCCAAUCCAACGGGGUCUGCGACAAGAGCGGGUGCGGGUGGAACCCGUAUCGGCUCGGGCAGCAGUCGUACUACGGACGCGGCUCCGACUUCGUCGUCGACACGACACGGCCCUUCACGACCGUCACGCAGUUCACCGCCGACGCCGAGGGCCAGCUGACAGAGAUCCACCGACUCUACGUGCAGGACGAGCGCGUCAUCCGUGCCGAGGUUGUGCGCAAGGAGGGUAUCCCCGCCGUCGCGUACACGACGGACGAAUACUGCGCCAGCACGGGCGCCGCGCGCUUCAUGGACCUUGGCGCGCACGGCGUUAUGGGCGACGCCAUGACGCGCGGUAUGGUGCUCGCCCUCAGCAUCUGGUGGGACGAAGGCGGAAAUAUGGCCUGGCUCGACGGCGCAGCGAACGGCGCCGGCCCCUGCAACGCCACCGAGGGCAGCCCCGCCAACAUCCGCAAGAUCGAGCCCGACCCCGUCGUCAAGAUCAGCAACCUCAAGUGGGGCGAGAUCGGCUCGACCUUCGCGGCGGUGGAGCUGCAGCAGUAGGAGAUGUACCAUACCUAGCUGUCUGCCUGCCUGCCUGCCCAGCGAAGAGGGCGGGUUGACAGGCGGUAGGGAGGGGAAAAGGAGUAGAUGAAACUGGUAAUGGGUGUGCGCGGACGACGACUUCGUCCUCGUAUCAUCCUCGGCGUAUCACAUAACUAGAUGUAUAUACAUAUCUUUUUCCUACCGUUACCUCGCCAUUGUGGCAAAGCGUGCGCGCCCAUGUGGCCCCGGUUCGGAAUUUCCCUAGGAUCCUUCGUCGAUGGGGUGGUUAU